GGCUAUCGGUAGAGGCACGUAUUAAUGGAACUUGCCUAUAAAUCUAAAACAACAAGUUCCGUAUUCAAACUUAAUAAUGGAAAACAACAAGUGGAUAGCUACGGUGGCGUGCAUAUGGAUCCAGUGCAGCUGCGGGGCUUCCUACACCUUCGGAAUCUACUCAUCCGUCCUCAAAUCUAGCCAAGGUUACGAUCAAUCCACUCUAGACACCGUAUCCGUCUUCAAAGACAUCGGGGCCAAUAUCGGAGUAUUAUCCGGCUUACUCUAUGAUGCGGUCAUGACCCAUAACCACCGCGGUCCAUCUCCUCGCCUUGGUUCGGGUCUUUCGUUGGUGUACUUGGUCGGAGCGGUUCAGUGCUUUGCAGGGUACUUUCUUAUGUGGUUAUCUAUCAUAGGAGUUAUUGAGAGACCUCAUGUUUUGGUCAUGUGCCUGUUUAUGUUCAUGGCCGCACACGCGCAGACGUUUUUUAACACGGCUAAUGUUGUUGUUGCUGUCCGUAAUUUUCCGGAUUACGGUGGAACUAGUGUUGGCAUUAUGAAGGGUUUUUUGGGGCUAAGCGGAGCAAUACUAAUACAAAUUUACCAAACACUAUUUGAUGGCAAACCAACAACCUUUGUACUAAUGCUUGCUAUAUUUCCAACACUUGUGUCUCUCGCACUAAUGUCUUUGGUGCACGCAAACCCUUCAAACACGACAAAUGACAAGCAUCAUUUGAACCACUUCUCACUAAUCGCGCUCAUUAUCGCCGCAUAUCUAAUGAUCAUACUCAUCUUUGAAAACAUUUUCACAUUCCCAUCAUGGGCUCACAUCUUCACAACAACUGUUCUUGUGCUUUUGGUAUUAUCGCCUCUUCAAAUCGCCCUCACAGCUCAAAAAAGCGAACAACCACCACCACCAUCCCCUAUCAUGGCCCCGUUGAUCACAACUCCAGAGACUCGGGAGGUCGCACUCGCACCUGUAGAGGUUGAAAUGAACUUGAUACAAGCAAUGUACACCAUCAACUUCUGGCUAUUGUUUCUAGCCAUGGUUUGUGCAUUGGGAUCAGGGCUGGCGACAAUCAACAACAUAACUCAAUUAGGGGAGUCUCUUGACUACUCGACGGUUGAAAUGAACGCAAUGAUUUCUUUAUGGAGUAUAUGGAACUUUCUUGGCCGGUUUGGUGGCGGAUAUGUGUCUGAUUUAGCUCUACAUAGAUACGGGUGGGGAAGGCCGUUGUUUAUCUCGUUUACACAGUUAGGAAUGAUCAUCGGCUACUUAAUCAUUGGUUUAAGUGGGAAUUUGUACGUUGGGUCAGUAAUUGUGGGCGUUUGCUACGGAUCACAAUGGUCUUUAAUGCCUACAAUCACUUCAGAAAUAUUUGGGGUGAAACAUAUGGGGACUAUUUUCAACACCAUUGCUACUGCUAAUCCUAUUGGUUCGUACAUACUUUCUGUGCAAGUAAUCGGUAACAUUUAUGACAAGCAAGCAGGAGGAAAAGGAGGGUCAUGCCACGGGAUCCAUUGCUUUAUGCUUUCAUUUGUCAUAUUUGGUGGGGUUUGUGUUUUGGGGGUGGUUGUGUCAUUCGUGUUGUUUCUUCGAACAAGAGGUUUUUAUGCUCAAAGACGAAUAAAGCAAAUGAAGGGGUAGGGAGAAACCAUUUUUUGAGAUCUCAAACAGUGUCAUAUGUGUCACCUAAGCAUGAUUCAUAUUUAUUUUUAUUUAAUUAUAAUGAACAUUCAUAUUUAUUCUUGUUUAAUUAUAUGAACGAACAUAUAUAAUCGUUAUUGUUUGUUGAUUUCAUGUUUGUUAGCAUGUUGUAUUCUAUUAAUUUAUUGUUUAUUGA